AUAUUAUCAGAAAUUGAAUUGUUUUGGAUGUUGCCUUAUCAAAGAAGAAAAAAAAAUUGGUUUCCAGAAAUCAUAUAUUACACGGCUACAAUUGAAGAACUUCAAAAAUAUAUUCAAAAACUUCAAAGCGAAAAUUUUGAGGAAUCAUCUAAGCCAUUUAUAUUUUCACAUAUUUACAAAAUUGCAGACUUAGAUACAAAAACAGUUGAUGAAAAGCUUAAUGAUCUUGAUGAAAAGCUAAAAAAUCUUGAUAUAAAACUUAAUAAUCUUAUUGUGACGCAUUAA